AUGCGGCUCGUAAUCUCCGCGCAGAUGCCUGAGGAGGCGAGAGGCCAUUGCUCUUUUGGAUGGAAAUGGGCCGCCGCAUGGGGGGUUGCCGCGGCCUUCCUGGCGAUUGCCACUCCGCAACUGUCCCAGAUGGAUCCAGCGUCUGCUCUUCCACAGGCUGUGAGGCGAAGCUGGGCACCCAUCCACGUUGUGGAAGCUCACGGAGAUGUUCUCCGCCACUGGCCCUGCACUGGCCCUGGACAGCCCAAGCGCUCUUGGUCCGAGCCCGUAACUCUUGUCCACAUCGACUCUCACAGUGACAUGGCGCCUUUGGAGACGGACAUAUGGGCUGACUUCCUCGAGGAAACUGAGGACUGCGAUGCGCAUUGCGCCAAAGUGCAUCGUAAGCAGUGGCAGAAGUCCGCAGUCGACAAGGUUUUCGUGUCCGACUUCAUUACGGCGGCUCUAUGGAUGGGCUUCUUGGACGAGGUGGUUUGGAUCCGGUCAGAUUUGCCGGGGGUGGGAAGGUACAAUGGCCCACCACCUGGACGAUACAAGGCGCAGGUGGAGUGGAAUCUUUGGACCGCCGAGGGAGAAGUCGUCUUCGAGGAGCUCUGCCUGCGCCAGCUAGAAGUUCUGGAGGUCUUCCCACUGACCGAGUUGACAGGGAUCACGGUGCAUGAGGCUUUCGAUUCCUGUACGGAGGUGGAGGAGGGAGCCGCCGAGAGGGAGUUGCUCCUCCACCGAAACUUUACCUUGACGGUCGGGACGCUCUUUCAGGUCCUCAAGAGGCUGCAGGAAGGUGUAUGGACAGCAAGCUCGUUGCUGCAUCAGGGCGACGAACUGCGAUCCUGGAUUCUGGACCUGGAUUUGGACACCUUCUCUACCUACGACCCUGCUUUGAGAUUGAUGCAAGAAGCAAACUUUAGCCAAAGAUUCGUGGAGAAGGCCGCGGAGCUCUUGAACACCAAUCGGGCCUGCUCCCAGUCCCAUGGGGAGACGUUGAUCGGAUGUGGAUGCCUCUCUUCACGUGUGACGGAGGUAGAGGACUACCGUGCAGCCUUGCUUCAAAAUCUGAGCCGGCUCCCUGCUACUUUGCGGGCUGCUCCUGGCCAUCAGCGGCGGCAGUUGCUUCUCGAAGGACUCGCUGACUGUGAGGUUGACACUCGCUCCUGGGAGAUGCUUGCGAACCUCUCAACCGAGGAGGGCGAGCGUUGGCGCUGGGUAUUUGAGACAGCUCUGCAGGAGGGAUUCGACGAUGACCUAGCCAAAUCGAUGCUGGAGGGUGCGAUGGGUGUGCACCACGUCAGCCGAUCGGAAGCUGUCCGACACCUGGAAGCCUUCCACGGCAUCCUGGGGUAUUUCGAGCAAGUGCCACCUGAGGUGGUGACUAUUUCGCGGUCAAGGCUGCCCCGUUUCAACAGGUACCUCCCGGAGAGUCUCUGGCCGAUGGUGGAGCACCAGGUGAUGGCUGCGCUCAAGGGACCAAAAAAACGCGCUCGUGUAGAUGCCGAUGCCUGCAUUCUGCUGUGCAUCAUGGCUCUACACUCAACACACGUGCCGGUGCUGCAGGCGAACAAUGAUUGGCAGCUGCUUUGUACAGAAUCCUUCACCGAAAGAACCUGCUGA